CUGCCACUCCUCCCCUUCUCCUCCGCCACACAAACAAACAAGGCAGCAGGAGCAACAACUGACUCACAGCGAACGAAAAAGGUUUUGUUGGUACCUCCCAACACCACCACCACCAUCCAUUCCAGCCUGCCUGCAAAAGUGCUGCGAUUCCGUGGGACACAGAGCAAGCUCAGGGUGCAUCAAUCCGCUGCUGUGGUGUGACCAACCUUCUUCGUUGCGUGCAGCACGCAUCAAGCGCCUGUGUGGCAGCAACCGUCAUGUCAAGCCCGCAACCGGUACCCUCCAUCCUCAAGACAAAGAAGGCCAGCCCUCCUUCCAACGGCUCCAAGGCCACCACAAGCCCAGCAAAAGUGGAUGACAGCGACCCUUCAAGAAGCAAUGGGCAGGCCGUCGUCGUGGACGGGGAUGUAAAGGCCAUCCCGCCAGCCAAGAAGCGCGUGUCCUUCCACGUCACCGUGCGUGAACACAGCCGCCUACACCCGAAGCCCCUCGAGUCUGGCUCAAACGCGCUGGCAGAGCUGGCAGACGGGACGCUGCUCAUCAAGCUACGCAACAAGAAACUGUACGAGCGCUUCUACUACUACGACCCGGAGUUGGAAGCCAUCAGCUGGUUCUCGAAGAAGAACAAAGGAAAUGUCAAGUCAAUUUCCAUUCGUUCCGUGCUAUCGAUUCGGCCGGGAAAGGUUGGCAAGGAGUUCAAGUCCAUGGACACAUCAGAGUUCAAGGAGUGGUGCUGCUUCACCGUUUCGCACCGCGACGGUGGUCUUGACCUCGUCGCAGCGGACGAAGACACACGCGAUCUGUGGAUUGUCGGCAUCCGAUAUGCACUCAAAAAGACACAUGGGCGCCUGGCAACUGUCCGGCAGCGGCGCCGCGAUUGGGUGGAAGCCGUCUUCACGAAACAUGAUUUGGGAAAGAAAGGCAAGCUGACGCUGGAAGAAGCGCAAGCAGCCAUGAGGGAGCUUCUGCCAGAUAUGCAAUCGUUCUUUCUCAAGCGAAAGCUGAACUAUCUCCAAGAGAAGUUCGGCGAUGAUGGUGGUAGUGGUGUACACGCACUCGUCCCCCUGUCCGACUUUCAAUCCGAAUUCACAUCGCUCGCCACGCGCCGCGAGCUGUUCACGCUGUUCCAGCAGUACAGCAGCGACACAGAGGGCCUUUCAGUCCAUGAUCUCAAAAUUCUUCUCGAGGCAGAGCAGCAGGCGCUCGGUGUGUCUGCUGGCCGGUGCAAAGCCCUCAUCAACCAAUAUGAGCCCGUUCCUUACAACCGCGAGACAAACGCGCUUGGACUGGACGGGCUGACAGCGCUGAUGAAAGGCGAAUACACGCUCGCGCGUGCAACCAUCUCGCGAAACCAAGACAUGAACCAGCCACUCAGAAGCUACUUCAUCAAAUCGUCGCACAACUCAUACCUAGAUGGCAACCAACUCAAGAGCCACUGCACACCAGAGGCGGUCAAGAACGCUCUUGUGCAGGGUGCUCGCCUCAUUGAAGUUGACAUUUGGCCUGGGGCUGAGGCUGGAUCAGAGGAACCAAUGGUUGUGUAUCACGGGCACACGAAAACACGGCCGUGCUCAGUGCAGAGCGUCUUCGAUGUCAUCAAGGAGCACGCAUUCACUGCAAGCGAAUUCCCUCUGAUUGUCCUCGUUGAAAUGCACCUUUCCACCGCCGAUGCACAAGUCGCUCUGGCUGCGCUCAUUGCACAGACGCUUGGCGACGCGCUGCUGCGACCAACAGAUCCUCUGGUUCGCAAACACGAGACGAUGCUGCCUUCCCCAAACCAACUCAAGCGUCGCAUUCUCCUAUGCUCGCAGCGCGCGCCAUUCCUUUCCAUUGAUGAAGGCGUGGGCGCGGAGGUUGUCUUGCACGACGAAUACGCGUUUUACGCGGAGAUCAAGAAGAAGAACAAGAAGAAGACAAAGCGGGCAAUGCCGAAAUCAUCAUCGUCGCCAGUCCUCCUCGCCCCAGAGUGGAGCACCAUCGUCGCACUGAACCAUGCACCGCUUGGCACAGACUUUGCGGAGGCACUUGCCAUGCCAGACCCCUGGACACUGCUCUCGCUGUCCGAAUCCUCUGUGAUUCGUGCGCACGAUGAAGGCCAUCUUGAUGACCUUUUGCAGUUGACACAGCAGCAGUUGGUGCGCGUGUAUCCUGGUCCACCUCGUGUUGAGUCGACGAAUUUCAUUCCGACGGCGUUCUGGACGGUGGGCAUCAACUGCUGCAGCCUCAACUUUCAGACACACGACCACGGGUAUCAGGUGGCCACUGGGCGCUUUUUCACGAACGGCAACUGUGGAUAUGUGCGCAAGCCGCUGUUCCUUAUUGACGAGGAAUCGUCAUAUUCGCCUGUUGUGCGCCACCAUGCAGAUGGUGCCCGGUCAUUUCCCUCGGCCCCUCGCCAUGUUCGCGUAACAGUGUGCAGUGCGCAACAGCUGCGCCACGCAGAUUUGUCGGAAGAAGAAGAAGCCAUGGAUGACGACCAUCAAGUCAUUGACCCUUAUGUGCAUGUGCAGAUGCUCGGCGUCACUGCAGACGAGGCGAGCUACACCACGCGCGCGCUGGACAACUGCGACUUCAAUGCUUACUGGAACGAGCACUGCUCCUUUGUUGUUCUCUGUCCACCGCUGGCCAUGGUGCAGCUGCUGGUCCUUGAUGACGACAUCGUCCACGAAAACUUCCUUGGGCAGGCGGUCCUUCCGUUCUCUGCACUCAGCACAGGAUACUGGCACGUACAAUUGUGUGACCGGCUCGGUGUAGCGAUCCCAGGCAGUUACUUGUUCAUAAAGCUUGAAGUGGGUGACUUCGACUCCGACGCAGCCACGGACAUGGCGGCGCAGCAGCAGCAGCAGCAGCACGAUGAUAUGGACGCCGAACAGCCCAGACCGCAGGAGGCGCUCGCCCACCAGAACAUGAGACGAGUGUCUUUCAACGAGGCAGUCAAGAUGGAGGCAGCAGAGCUAAAUCUGGCUGGGGAUCCAAAGGUCGAUGGCUUGUUUCAACAGUGCAACGACGUUGUGGAGCGUGUUCGUGCUCACGAAACAGCAAUCAGCGCCGCCCAGGCAGAGUUUAUGACAGCACUUGACUGCGAGACAUCGGCAACCAUCCCAGAGGCUGUUGGCGUUUUGACUGAGCGCCUUGCCGGCCAUCCAUACCAAGUCGAGGCUGAGGGCGAGGGUAUAUCACUGACGCUUGAGGAACCCGACUCUGCAUCAGGCGGACUUGGACGCUCACUUGAGAGCCUUCAGCUGCUGUCCCGCGCGUACACGGAGCUGCUGUCAGCCUCUGAGGACUUGGCGCGUCAGAUUGCAACAAAGGAGGAGGAACUUCAAGAAAUGGAGCGAAACAUGCAGGGACACGUUGACCUGGGUCUCCUUUCCCUGAUUCGCAACAACUGCGCAAUUUUUCGGUCGUUGCCAACACGCUUGACAACGCUGCUUGCCAACGCUGAAGAUGAGCUGUUCAGCUUGAAGACGGCGUUUUUGCGUCGCCACAGAGCAUCGAUUGUGCCUGCUGUGGAUAUGGUUUGACGCCAUGAUGCCUGCGCCGAUGAACACACGGUUCAUCUUGGACAUGCCAUUGCAUUGGUUCCUGGAUAUUGUGUUUGCCUGAUGUGGAUCAAUGCCCACGUUGUCGUACGUUAUGGUGCAGGUGCUGGCCAAGUGAUUUCUCUCCGUUUUUCCUCUUUCGUGCUUGAAUCAUGACUUGUUACAACACACUGUGCGUGAGAGGUUGACCAACAAACAAAACAAAGCGGUCAACUGGUCCAUUAUGAAACCUGUCCAUUCC